UGGUGAGGGGCUCGGCUCCAGGCUCCUCUCGCCCCCCGGGGGUCUGUGGCGAGCAAAAGCCCCCUGCUGUGGACACCGGGGGGCUCGGUGCUCCGUGUGGGCAAGCGCGCCCGUGGUCCCUGUCAGUAAAAAUAAAUAAAUAAACAAACAAACAACCUGAAACCGCUCUUCCGGACACAUAAAAAAAGCCCUAAAAGCGUGCCGGUGGUACAGAACUUGAUAAAAUGGGAAAAUUUGGAGUACCGCAGCCCCGUUUCCUGAGCUGUGUGCUAGUAGUGUGUCACGGAGGAAGGGAAUAUAAAUUAAAGAUUGGGUUCAUUUAAUUUUCAGUAAGGUCCCGGCUUCUGGAGUCGGGGAAAGUUUCUCUUGAUGCUAUGGUACAGAUGUACCCAGUGAGUGUGGGUAUCGAGUCUCCCAGUCUGCCUGGUGCUUUGGCUGAAGCAAAUUAAUUAGCUGCGUUAAAUAGGAAGAUGGACUUGAACAAGCUUUACACAAGACAAUAUUACAAACACUGUUGGCAUCUCUGCUUUUUUAAAAAAUAUAUAUAUAAAAUAAUUAAGCCAUUCCUUUAUGUGCAUUACCACUGGAAAAAAUAAUGGAUUUGUUCUAUUUUAAUUUAAAAUGAAUUAAUUAAAAUUAAUUAAUACAAAUGCUUUAGCUUGAAUACUGUGUUGUGUACUAUGUUGCCUCCUAUUUGAGUUUCUAAAUGUGCAUGAUACUUCUGAAGUGCAUUGCAAAUUCAUCCAGCUUUAGAAGCAUUUGUUUUCUGCUUUGGAUGAUGAUGUGGCUGCAUGAUGCCUCAGAAGAUUAUUCUGAUCCCAGAAAAGUGAUGAGGUCCUAAAAAUUACAGACUUUGGGUGAGGAAAAUUAUCCUUAAUGCAGAUGGGGCUGGCUAAAAUCCUUGUGUGAUAUAUGUUUGUGGGAUUUCCACAUGUUCGUAUGCACUGCAUUUCUGAUAUUUUUAAAGUAAAGAUAAAAUAAUGAAAAAUAAAGAGCAAGAUGAAAUUUCAGAGAAUAGAUUUUACUGAUCUGACAGUGGCCAGUAUAAAUAUCCACUGGUAGCAACGUUUUAUGUUCCUCAUCUCAUAUAAUCUCCAACUGUAUCUCAGGUGAUAUCAGCCUAAAUCUUUUGGAAUGAACCAGUUUGGUCCUGACACAAUUUAUCUGCCCGUUUCCAAUCAGUAUUUCAGAGUGUGCUGCUUUUUAUUUGCAUUAAGCUGCCUAACCAGUUUUCUCGCGAGCCUAAUGGAUGAAAUUUUACUUCCCGUUUCCCUGGCAGAGGUGAGGUAUCGGAGUGCUUUUUCGAUUGUUUACCUUCAGAGCAGAGCGUUCUCGUUCUUCUAGUUCUCCCGUGCCGGGCAGCUGAGAGCCAAGUGCACCGUGCCUCCUCGCAUACCAUAGUGCUUUCUCCAGGAAAUCUGGUCAUGCUAAAACACAGCCUGUUUUUGUUCACCGUUGGACUAACAUUAACAGGAAACUCUUUUGGGAUAAAAGGGGUAUCUUCUGAAGAGAUGUCCAGAGUUUCAACAUUUGAAACAAUUAUUCCUCAACGUCUGACAGGCAAAGAGAAACAUCACACAUUUUUUCAUGAGGAGCAUUCAGAUGACAAUCUUUCUUACUCAAUUAAAACAAGAAAUGGAACGUACCUCCUAACACUGAAGAAAAAUAAAGACCUUGUUAGCAAAGAUUUUAUGCUAUAUACGUACAGAAAAAAUGGGACACUGGAGGCAACACAAUCAAAAAUCAAGGCACACUGUUAUUAUCAUGGCACUGUUGAAGGAAUGGCUGACUCAAUGCUUGCUCUUAGCACAUGCGAUGGCCUGAGAGGAAUUAUCUACAUUGGUGGCAAAUGGUAUGGAAUAGAGCCACUCAACUCAUCCAGCACAUUUGAACACAUGUUUUACCGGUUAGAAGAUAUGGAGCAUAUCCCUUUCCGAUGUGGUAUGCAGAAUGACAGCCUGCAUCAUGAGAUGAAGAUGUUUGUGAAGCAGUCUGUGAAAUAUGAGCUUUCAUCAAACAGUACCUCGAGUGGGGACAAACUUUUGAGGAAGAAGCGAGCUGUCCUGCCACAGGAAAGCUAUGUGGAAUUAUUUAUGGUUGUGGAUAAUAACAGGUUUUUGCUGAAGAAUUCGGAUCCUGCUGUGGUGCAAAAGGAAACGGUUGAGCUGAUUAAUUAUGUUGAUGGGAUGUAUAGAGCAUUAAACAUCCAAAUUGUUCUUGUUGGAUUAGAGAUAUGGACAGUUACAAACCCCAUAUCUGUAAUGGAUGGUUCAGCUGGAGACGUACUGGGUAGAUUCGUUUCUUGGAGACAGAAAGAUCUUCUAAAACGAUCAAGAAAUGAUGUUAGUCAUCUCAUAAUAGGGAGAGGCUCUUACGGUGGAUCCAUUGGAAUGGCUUUUGUAGGUACCGUCUGCUCACAUGUCCAGGGAGGGUCAAUCAGCACUUUGGAUCAUAGCAAUUUGUUACGUCAUGCUACAGUAGUUGCACAUGAAUUGGGUCAUAACCUUGGAAUGAAACAUGAUGAUGAAAGGUGUCCUGCAUCCUACAUUAUGUACAGCACAGAUAAGGGAUCCAGGAAUUUCAGCACCUGCAGCGCUGAUGAUUUUGAGAACUUUAUUCUAAAUGGAGGAGGAAACUGCCUUAGAAACCCCCCCAAAACAAGCAAUGUUUACAAAGAACCUGUCUGUGGUAAUAAUGUGGUUGAUAACAAUGAAGAAUGUGACUGUGGUAAACCACAGGAAUGUACUAACCCUUGCUGUGAUGCUGCAACCUGCAAACUCACAUCUGGAUCACAAUGUGCUCAAGGACUGUGCUGCAAAAAUUGUAAGUUUAAAGUGGCAGGAACAGAAUGCAGAUCGAAGAUGGACUUCUGUGAUCUACCUGAAUACUGCAAUGGAAGCUAUGCCUACUGUCCAGAUGAUGUUUAUAUCAUGAAUGGUUACCCAUGCAAUGACAUGAAAGCAUAUUGCUACUAUGGAGUAUGCCAGAGUUUUGAUUCACAAUGUGAAGCUAUAUAUGGAAAAGGGGCACGAAAAGCACCUAAUCUAUGCUUUGAAAAAGCCAAUAUUAAAGGGGAUAGGUUUGGAAACUGUGGAAUGAAAGGUGGAGUGUACAAGAAAUGUUCUGUUCAGCAUAGUCUGUGUGGCAAGGUCCAGUGCACUUCUGUUAGUCUUCAAAAUCUUCCUGCUUGGAGUGUUGUCAAUAAUGCAUCUGGGGUUUUAUGCUGGUCUUCUGAUUUUGACUUAGGGUCAGAUAUCCCUGAUCCUGCUCAAGUUCAUGAUGGAACAGCCUGUGGAGAAAAGAAGGCCUGUUUAGAUUUUGAGUGUGUUGAUGCAAGUUUUCUGGGCUACAGCUGCGAUGUAAAGCAAAAGUGUAACAAUAAUGGGGUGUGUAACAACAAUGGGAACUGCCAUUGCCAUUCAGGGUGGGCACCUCCCUUCUGUAACCAGCCGGGCUAUGGUGGCAGUGUUGACAGUGGUCCAGCUCACAUAGAUACAUCACUUCGGGAUGGCCUGCUUAUAUUUUUCUUCCUUGUGCUGCCAAUAUUGAUUGUGACUGUAAUAGCAGUAAUUAAGCGCGAUGCAAUAAAAAGGAAGUUUUGCAGGAAAAGUAGAAGACAACACAGGGAUAACAAUGUGCAGCAACCAAAGCAAAAUAAUGGACCAGCUCAUACUACAGGAAAUAAUCAGUCGGCCACAUCAAAUCCUGAUUUUUUUACCAUAUCACAUUUUCCUGGUUCAAGGCAGCCAGUACAAACACGGAUUCCUCCAGUUCCUUCAGGACCUCAGCGACCUGUGGUCCCACCUAAACCAGCUGUCUGAGAAGUUUCUAGGGAAUCCUCACCAGUUCUGACCAGAAACUGAUCUGAAACAGAUUAAAGGUUGGAAUUCCCCAGUCCUCACCUUGCACCUUAUGAAAAAAACAAAAGACACUGAACACAGAAAAAGAGACCCUGAAUGCAGAUUUUCUAACUCCCCAUUAUUUUGCUAAGAGCUGCUGGCUAUAUUUGUACCUCACCUCUUUUUUAUUUUCUUUUUUUUUUUUCUUCCAAAUCAAAAGCCUAAUGUUCAACAUUUGUUAGUUUAAAUCUAUAACAGCACUGGAGAACAGGACUCCUCUGAAGUGUUGCCUUACCUGCAGGCCAAAAAGAGAAGCGGAUGUUUAACAGACAUAAUUUAUUCACCUUUAUUUACAUGCUAACAUGAAAGUCAGAGCAUAGGCUGUCCUCUGGGGAAGCCUACAACCUGUCUACCUCCCAGCCAUCCUCCAGGCUGUAUGCUGUGCCUGCUGAGCACCCCACGUGCAGGGCCUGGAGCCCAUUCUGUGCCUUGCUUCGAGCCCUUCCUGUGCUGUCGCUGUACCCACGCUGGGAUCCAGAGCCACCUCUCCUGGAAAAGAAGCUGCUACAAGGAGGAGAAAAUGUCACUGGGAAUAACAAAGUUAUGGAUACAGACUGGUCUCCUUUAUGAGGAGAGGGUAAAGCACGUGCUGUGUUUGCAUGUAGUCUCUAGGAGUACGAACAAGCAGUGAAUAAAUUACGGAAUCAUCUUGCA